CCAAACACAGAGAAUAAAAAUGGCGCCAAAAGCUUCCCUUUCUCCGACCACCACCACCUUCAUACUUCUUCUCAUCUCUUUACUAUCCUUCAAUCUCACUCAUUCCGUCACCGCCGUCCAAAACUACGCCGACGCGCUUCGAAAAAGCAUACUCUUCUUCGAAGGCCAACGAUCGGGCAAGCUCCCGCCGGAUCAACGUCUCCGUUGGCGAGGCGAUUCCGCCUUGCGUGACGGUUACACUUCAGGAGUGGAUCUCACAGGUGGCUAUUACGACGCGGGCGAUAAUGUGAAGUUCGGAUUUCCAAUGGCGUUUACGACGACAAUGCUAUCGUGGAGCGUGAUCGAUUUCGGUAGGAAUAUGGGAGCAGAGUUAGGUAAUGCGUUGAAGGCGGUGAGAUGGGGGACGGACUAUCUUCUAAAGGCGACCGCGAUUCCAAACGUGAUUUUCGUUCAGGUUGGAGAUCCGUAUUCGGAUCAUAACUGUUGGGAGAGACCGGAGGAUAUGGACACACUUAGAACAGCUUACAAGAUAGACGUCAACAAUCCUGGAUCUGACGUUGCAGGUGAGAUGGCAGCCGCGUUAGCGGCUGCGUCCAUCGUGUUUCGAUCUCGUGACCCUGAUUACUCCAGACUCCUCCUCAAUCGUGCCGUUAAAGUGUUUGAGUUUGCUGAUAGGCAUCGAGGGGCGUACAGUAACAGUCUAUACCAUUGGGUCUGCCCUUUUUACUGUGAUUUCAAUGGUUACGAGGAUGAAUUGCUUUGGGGAGCAGCAUGGUUACACAAGGCAUCAAGACAAAGGAGAUACAGAGAAUACAUAGUGAAUAACGAGAUCAUUCUUAGAGCUGGCGAUACAAUUAACGAAUUCGGUUGGGAUAAUAAGCAUGCCGGCAUUAAUAUCCUGAUUUCCAAGGAAGUUGUGAUGGGAAGAGCAGAUGACCUAAGAUCAUUUCAGAACAAUGCAAAUAGCUUCAUUUGCUCAGUGUUGCCUGGAAUUUCUCGACCUGAAAUCCAAUACUCUCCAGGUGGGUUGAUCUUCAAGGCUGGGGGAAGUAACAUGCAGCAUGUAACAUCACUAUCAUUCCUACUACUAGCCUACUCAAAUUAUCUUAGUCACGCGAAAAGCGUUGUGCCAUGUGGGCAAUUAACCGCAACCCCUGCUAUGCUCAAACAAUUGGCCAAGCGUCAGGUUGACUACAUUCUAGGAGAUAAUCCAAUAAGAAUGUCUUACAUGGUAGGGUAUGGUGCACGUUACCCACAGAGGAUACACCAUAGAGCCAGCUCUCUCCCAUCAAUCCGAGCCCAUCCAGACAAAAUAGCCUGCAAACAAGGCUCAACCUAUUUCCUAAGCCCAAACCCUAAUCCCAAUCUCCUCAUCGGCGCAGUCGUCGGAGGCCCUAACAUCUCUGAUUCCUACCCGGACUCCAGGCCUUACUUUGAAGAAUCUGAGCCCACAACUUAUAUCAAUGCUCCCUUAUUGGGCCUCCUCGCCUACUUCCAGACCCAUUACUAAUCAUUCAUGCUCCCUUGUUGGGCCUCCUCAUCUACUUUCAGGCCCAAUACUAAUCACUAUUAUAAACUAGUAGAGGUUGGCAAAGGUCAACCCUACCCCUCCCCUAUGUAACAGUAAAGCAUUUAUUAUUGUAAUUUUCUCUUUUUUUAGCAAACAAAUAGAUAUACAUGAAUAAUAAAAGAA